CUGAUAAGGGAUGAUAGGGGUGAUAGGAAUGAAGAGGGUGAUGGGGAUGAAGGGGGUGAUGGAAAUGAUGGAAAUGAUGGGGUGAUGGGGAUGGAGAUGAUGGGGAUGAAGGGGGUGGGGAUGGGGAUGAUGGGGAUGAUGAUGGGGAUGAUGGGAGGGGGUGAUGGGGAUGAUGGGGGUGAUAAGGAUGUUGGGGGUGAUUGGGAUAAAGCGUGUGAUGGGGAUGGGGAUGAUGUGGAUGAUGGAGAUGAUGGGGAUGAUGGGGAUGAUGGGUGUGAUGGAGAUGAUGGGGAUGAGGGGGGUGAUGUGGAUGAUGGAGACGAUGGGGAUGAUGGGGAUGAUGUGGAUGAUGGAGAUGAUGAAGAUGAUGGGGGUGAUGGCGAUGAUGGAGAUGAUGGGGGGGGUGAUGGAGAUGAUGGAGGUGAUGGGGAUGACGUGGAUGAAGGGGGUGAUGGGGAUGAUGGAGAUGAUGGGAAUAAAGGGGAUGAUAGGGCUGAUGGGGAUGGGAUGAUGGGGAUGAUGGGGAUGGAGAUGAUGGUGAUGAAGGGGGUGAUGGGGUGA